CCCAACAUUUCGACGUUCGGUAGUUCAAUCUGCUAGGGUUUGGAAGCUGUUUAAUAUGUCAUUUCGGUUUUAGUCUUUUCAAUACUUCACAAAGUCCAUAAUUUAAUAUCAAUGAAUCCAUUCCACUUUCAACCAGCACCGCCUCCGCCUUGGUUCCCAAUGUUACCGCCGGCAGCACCAAAUUCGAGUACAUUUUGGGAGACCAGAAAUGUGCGUGAUCGGCUUAGAGAAUUGCAAGAUACUCUCAAUCUUGCCAAUGCAAUGCAGAAGGAGCUGGAGAUACUGACGAUGAUAAAAAAUGGGUCAACUGACCCUUCUGUAUCUGAGUUCUUGAAGUAUCUAGAAGAUAGGAGGAUUGAUUUGGAUACUCAAGAAUCAAUUUCUAUGGAAGCGGCAAAUUCUUUGAUGUCAAAGCUUAGAGCUCAGUUGGAGCCCUUUAGAUAUGUUGUGGACGAAGCAAGCCCGUGGGAGGAGAAAUCAGCAGCAGCUAGACUGGCGAAUAAAAUCAACAAGUCUAAAAGGAAUAAGCUUUGGAGGAAAAGAAAGCGGAAACGAAUUGCAGAAAUGCUAUCAAAGGAGCGUGAGCGAUUUGACCAAGCUGAUAGAGAAGCUGAUGAGUGGAGAGCUAGGGAGAUUGCCAAGGACAUUGCAAGCCGCAAGGUGGAAAAGAUGAAGGAAAUAGCAAAGCUUAAAGCCAAGGAAGAAAAAAUGAGACUAGAAUCUGAGCUUGAGCUAGUUUUGAUUGUGGAAAAGCUGCAAGAAUUGCGCUCCAUCAGGAUCCAGAAAUUGAAGAAACAAGGCCACUUUCUCCCAGAGGAGGAUGACAAGUUUCUUGAGAAAGUUCGAGCUGCAGUUGAGGAAGAGGAGAGACAAGCUUUGGCAGCAGCUGAUACAGAUGCUGCAAAAGAUGCCAUUGCAACUGCCGAGGAAACUAGGAAGGCCACUCAGAAUCAAAAACCCCUCUCAAAGGAUCCAAUUAGCGAUCAACUUGAAGACAAGGAGAGCAAAGACCAAAAAACACCAAAUGAGGAUGAAAAGGACUCUAGUACAGUAACUGAUAAGGAGUCUGGCCAAAAUACAUCGGAAGGGCAUGGUUAUGGAGGGGCAUAUGAUUCUUUGGCCAAUUUACCAAUUGAGUUCUAUCACUAUUAUCAUGGCAGCAAUACAGAUAUGGGCACGCUUAUUGAGGUUAGAAGGACAUGGGAUGCUUAUAUCAGACCGGGAGGAAGCCGCAUACCAGGCCACUGGGUUCAGCCACCACCUCCAGCUGACGAGAUAUGGGCAUCCUACCUGGUGAGGCCUGAAUGACCCCUUAUUGGACUGCAAAGUUGAGAGGGAUGGUAAUAUGGCUGUUGUAUCGACCCAUGUAUAGGCAUUUUUUCUUCUAAAGUUACAUAGAUAUAAUCACAGCAGCUAUUUCAAACUUCACAAUAUGGAAAUCAGAAAGUUCGUUUUUCUUUUUCCAGUUUUUGUAUCCAUUUCUAGUCAUAAAUAAAUGCAGUUUAGGUUGGUGUGAUGUUUCAUGUUUCUUAGGAGCUGAAAUAUUUUACUCCAACUUGUUGACAGAUAACUUACAUUGGAGCAUAAUUGAAAUUAGUUGUAUAUUUAAUUUCCAAAUCGCAAGGUUUCCUUUAUAUUGUC